AUGUCGACCGCUACGAUAUCUACCAAUCUUGGAACCGUUAGCACUCUUGCUGACCCAACGGUGGCGGGUCUCCGCGACACUCUGACUUCCGAAGAUGCAGCACUCGCCAAAAGAUUUCGAGCACUAUUUUCGCUGAAGCAUCUCGCCGCACAAAAGCCAGCAACUCCACAAACGAUACCUGCGAUAGAGGCAAUAGCAGCGGCUUUCACAUCACCCUCUGCCCUUCUCAAACAUGAGCUGGCAUACUGUUUGGGCCAGUCGGGUGCGUUGGGUGACAGGUGCAGUCUUGAUCUGCUGCGACAACGGAGAGACGACAGGAGCGAGGAGGAAGUCGUACGGGAGACUUGCGAUAUUGCGAUCGAGCGGAUAGAAUGGGAGCACUCAGAAGCCGGGAAGGCCGAAAGGCUGAAGCAGAGUGACUUUGCCUCGAUCGAUCCUGCUCCUCCACUCGCACACACUAACACCGCUCCUUCGAUACCUGAAUACGAGCACACACUUCUCGAUACUUCGCUACCACUUUUCAAGCGCUACCGGGCGAUGUUUGCGCUUCGAGAUCUGGCAUCCCCACCCGACCUCCCUACAGCUAUACCCGCAGUACAAUCACUAGCCCGAGGUUUCAGCGACCCUUCGGCACUUUUCAGACACGAGAUAGCAUUCGUCUUUGGCCAGCUAUCGCACCCUGCUUCGAUACCCAGUCUGGUAGAAACACUCAGCAAAACCUCCGAAUCGAGUAUGGUGCGACAUGAGGCUGCUGAAGCGCUUGGCAGUCUGGGCGAUGAGGCUGGCGUUGAAGAUGUGCUGCGGAUGUUUCUGAAUGAUCCGGAGCAGGUUGUGCGGGACAGCAUUGUCGUGGCACUAGAUAUGGCUGAGUUCGAGCGCAAAGGCGAGAUGGAGUAUGCAACGAUACCAGUCGAGAUAGCCGCAUAG